AUGGCCCUGACGCGCCAGCGUGUGCUUCUUGAGCUGAAACUGCAGCUCGCACUGGACUUUCUGGCCGACGAUGCAGUGAAUAGGCUGGCUGCCACGAAUGCCGAGUUGCGAAAAGCCCUUGCCAGUGCUUGUGCGUCUCGGCACGGGCACGGUUAUCGCCAUGCCCCUGGACCCUUCCGGCUAUCCGAGUCUCAGCUUUGGCGCGUCUUGAGUCUGGAGGAUCUGAGCCGUUUCCAGCAUCUGCUCCCUGCUGUGACUCUCGUCUCCGAGCUUUCCCUGAAGGAGCCGUCUGAGUGUAUGUCACUCGCCACUGCUGCAGCAGGUCUCGCGAGCGAAACUGUCGAUCAUCACAUCUAUUACGCUUUGUUCACCUUUGACACGGAUGCAGCAGCAAAGCUAUUCUCAGGGCUAGAAGACGAGCAUGGCAACCAUUGGUGUUCUGCAGAGCCCUGUGUGGACAUCGUUUUCGACGGGCAUCACAUUAGUGUCCAGAUCGAAGCGCAGUGCUUUGAGGUUGCAUGCAAGCUGCUUUUCCGUCGAGGACGACCACGAGCUGAACGACUUGUCACAGCUACGCUCCGCUGCUGGUGCUCGUGGUACUGCCAUGGCCCACAUGUCGAUGAGGCGUUGAUGCUGAGCUCCUUGGCGGAGUUGAAGAGCAAAGGACUCGACUCCGGUGACCUGCAGCUGAACCUUUUCCAGCUUGACGAUGGCUGGCAGUCUGCUUGGGGAGAUUGGCUUCACCCGCACCCGCAGCGUUUCCCGAACGGACUGAAGCCCCGUGUCGAGGCAAUCGAGGCUGCCGGACUCACAGCCGGACUGUGGCUCGCUCCCGCCUCCUUGGUCGCUGCAUCGAAGGUUGCCCAGGAGCAUCCUGAUUGGCUCCUCAAGGAUGAGACAGGCCGGCCGACAAGUUGCGGCUUCACGGCUCCCGGGCUUUGGAUGAGAGCUUUGGAUACGACACAUCCGGAAGUUCAGGCCCACAUCCGGCACAUGAUUCACACCAUCGUGCAUGAAUGGGGCUUCAAGUAUCUGAAGUGCGACUUCCUCCACUGCGCAGCGCUACCUGCAAAACGCUGGGACAGCAAGACGUCCCGCGCAGCCGCACAGGCCGUGCAUAGCCUGUGGUCCAUGUCAUGGCCUGCCUAA